CCCCUCUGACUGCUUUCCCGAACACCCUCUGCCUCUCCGGCCUUCGCAGCCGCCGGUUCGCCGUCCCCGGCCUCUCCGUCCGCUUGGUGGCUGGAGGCAACGCCCCCUCCUCCUCCCGGGAGGCUGAGCAUCGUCUGGGGGUGUAGCAAGAUGGCGGCUCUUCCGCUUCCGAAGUAAUCUGGGGCCGAGGGGGGCGGUGGGAGAGUUGGUGGUUGCGGGCUGGCCGCGGGAGAUCCCCCGGAGAAGGGAGUCGGCGGUGUCUAAACGUUGUGAGGCCUGGCUGGGCAAUGGCCUGACCCCUGGAGGGGAGCGGGGAGACCGGGACUCUGGACGGUGCGGCUGGAGGGACAGACGGGCCUGGCCGGGAUGGGAGACAGCCGGGUUUGCCAAAGCCCAGACACCUCAUCUCUCAGCCCACCCCUCGGACGUUCCCUCAACGACACCCCGCCUCCUCUCAGUGCUCCUCUCCACCCUUCCAUGAUCGGAUCCGCCAUGACUUCAUCGGUGAACUCUCCGCUCGGCAGCUUGGGCUCCCCGUUUCCUAUCAUCAACCCCUCAAUGUCCCCUGGAAUUCCAGGCACUCCUUCUAUAGGAUAUGGACCCGUCAGCAGCCCUCAGAUAAAUUCUACCGUUCUGUCCAGUCUGCACCCAGUCAGCUCCUCUGAGGAUGUGAAGCCCCCGCUGGGGAUGAGAGUCAUGCAAGGACACCCCAACGGAGGAGGAGCCAGCGGGAAACGGCUGUGCGCCAUCUGCGGAGACCGCUCCUCUGGAAAGCACUAUGGGGUGUACAGCUGCGAAGGGUGUAAAGGCUUCUUCAAACGCACUAUCCGCAAAGACCUGACCUACACCUGCCGAGACAACAAGGACUGUAUUGUGGACAAGAGACAGAGGAACCGCUGCCAAUACUGCCGAUAUCAAAAGUGUUUGGCCACCGGCAUGAAGAGAGAAGCACAUUCCCCCAAAAGGAUUUUGGCUUCCUCAGCUGUACAGGAGGAGCGCCAGCGAGGACGAGAGCGGGAGGGAGAGGUUGAGUAUGGUGGUACUAUAAACGAAGACAUGCCGGUGGAGAAGAUUCUGGAAGCUGAACUGGCCGUAGAACAGAAGAGUGAUCAAAGCCUCGAAGGCGGCGGAUCUCCAAGUGACCCGGUUACUAACAUCUGUCAAGCUGCUGAUAAACAACUGUUCACUCUAGUCGAAUGGGCCAAGAGGAUACCCCAUUUCUCUGAGCUGGCGCUGGACGAUCAGGUCAUUCUGCUUAGAGCUGGAUGGAAUGAGCUCCUCAUCGCCUCGUUCUCCCACCGCUCCAUUUCUGUGAAAGACGGCAUCCUGUUGGCUACCGGGCUCCACGUCCACCGCAAUAGUGCGCACAGCGCUGGGGUGGGGGCCAUAUUCGACAGAGUGCUUACCGAACUUGUGUCUAAGAUGAGAGACAUGCGCAUGGAUAAGACUGAACUCGGCUGUCUGCGAGCGAUCAUUUUGUUUAACCCAGAUGCCAAAGGACUGUCUAAUCCAGGUGAUGUGGAGGUCCUGAGGGAGAAGGUCUAUGCAUCAUUGGAAUCUUACUGCAAGCAGAAAUACCCUGACCAGCAAGGAAGGUUUGCAAAGCUACUUCUCCGCCUUCCUGCCCUGCGAUCCAUCGGUCUGAAAUGUCUGGAGCACCUCUUCUUUUUCAAGCUCAUCGGAGACACUCCCAUAGACACCUUCCUGAUGGAGAUGUUGGAAGCCCCCCACCAGCUGUCUUGAGGGGACUGUUCUGAAUAAGCCUGGCAUUGCUGCUCCAUCCCCAAGAGUCAGCUGUAGUAAACACAUACUCUAAUAGACCUUUUUCCAAUCGGUGGUGGUAUAGGCACCACACAAGCUUAUCCCGAGAGACUGCUUCAACUUGGCCAUUCACUGCUCAACGUGUCUCCCCUUACCCAUUGACAGUCCAUGGUCCACUUCUCUAAAGACAGCUUCCACAUCGGGAUUUAGAUGGAACAUGCCUAAAAGAUAAAAAGAGUCCUAAAUAGGCUUCUUCUUUAACAUGGUAGAUGUGCACCCUCAAGAGUUUGUAAUCUGCAGAAAGAGAUAUCGUAAACCAAGACUGCUGCAAAAAGAAGAGGCAUCCACUGGUGACGAGGAAGCACCUGAGCGCAUGCCAGCGAUGAAUCUUUGAUUGAGACACUCCUAUGCAAUAUCUUUGAUCCAAAAGUUGUAACUAUGCUAAAAAAAAAACGGAUGUCUCGAAAGAGUGCGUCACCCACCCCGGUGCGUUGUCCAGCUUUUUCCGCCCCCCCCCCCCCCCCCCCCUUACACAUGUGAGGCUGGUUUUAGCUGAGCAGGUGUUGCUCUUCUGAGAGGUGUGGACUCUAUGACGGAGAGAGGUGGCCACUGGCAGACGUUAUUCCUCACUAACUCGGAAUGAAGAGACUGCGGAACGGCACGCCAGGAAUAGACUGUGCUGACAUUUUGUGGUGUAUACGGGGAGUUGAUGGGGUUUGGAUAAUAACGUAACAAAUUCAUUUUAAUCAGUGGAGAUUUCUGUUGGGGGGGAUAUAAUGGACCCUGUUAAUCUUCUCUAGAUCUGUCUCACUGUUGGUCCCCCCCCCUUUUAUUUGAGGUGCCCUUUUUUGAUUACUGCACUUGUUAGGGUGUAGGGGAAAGUACCAGGGGGUCCCCAUAGGGUGAAGAGGACCUCGGAAAUUAUUGUAACCUUGAUUUUGUUCUUGUAACUGUUUUUGGGGUAUUCAUGACUGCUUUGUAUUUUCGGAUGCCUUGAGGACCUCUACACCUGACAUUUUUUCUUCUCUGGGGUGGAAACACAUCGAAUGUCCUAUAUGUUGUUUUUUUUUUUUUUGUUCAGCCGUUCUCUUAAAAUCGUUGUUGGUUUUGGAAGGAUGAUUAUAUUGCACAGGAUCUUAGGACUUUCUUAAAUAAGAUUUGGGGGAUGGGG